AUGUUUGUUGCCUUCAUAAACGCUAAAAUUACAGGCAACAGAAGUCUAGAGGCAGUGGAUGUAUCUGGAAGGACCCUAGCAUACACUUCAUCUGAACGUCAUCACGUGCAAAGUAUGUCGGCAAGCUUUCCCGUGCCUGCUCCUGGGCCGUUCAAUGCACAAUCACCUGCCUUCCCUCAAGGAGGUUUUGCUUUCCCCUCGGAAGCGUUUCAACAGGGUUUCAACGCAAAUCCGUAUCCAACGGCCAAUGGUUCACACCCUACCAAUCCAAUGUUUGAUCCCAAGCAAAUGAACGGGUAUGGUUUCACCAACGCACAAGGUCCAAUGGGCACGCCGAUGAUGUCUCCGACAGCAAUUCCCACGUCUUUUGGAGCGCAUCCCAUGCGGCAGUUUCCGCAAGCAACAAUGCCGAAAUGUGGCCAGAUGCGUCAACGUAUGCCGCAACACAUGGGAGGUGUGAUGGCAAUGAACGGUCAAAUGCAGAUGAUGCCGAACCCGCAGCAGCCGCCAACGCCGAUGAGUCAGCAGCAACAACAGCAGCAACAGGCGCAAGCGCAACAUCAGCAGCAACAAGCUCAAGCGCAAGCGCAACAUCAACAGCAGCAGGCGCAAGCGCAGCACCAGCAGCAACAAGCACAAGCCCAAGCGCAGGCGCAACAUCAACAACAGCAAGCCCAACAACAGCAACAGCAACAACAGAUGUCGCAACAGGCAGCGAACAGCCAGCAGAUGCCACCACCUACGCAGUCGCCAAGCCAGGCCGCUCAUCCGUCGUCGAGUCCAAUGCAGGCAAACAAGCCAAGCCCCGGUUCAAACAGAAAUGCUGGUUAUCCUCCGAACUCAAUGCGACCAUCAUCAAAUGGCAGUGGACAUUUGAAAUCGGAACCAUCCCCUGCCAGUGUGCAGCAGAAUUCCAGCGAUCAGAUGUCGAAUUCUGGAAUGUCUGCUAGUACGGCGCUGAGUCCUACGUCAUGUUCUAUGUUUGGCAGCAAUGCGCAAAGUGCUCCAGCGUCCGAUCAGGGACCACCACAACCACCUACGGCAAAUACACCGUUCCCUCUCGUCACCCAUUAUGACAUGCCUCCAGCUUUUUUGCAUUUGCAAGAGUCAUUUCAGAUGAGGAACCCUGCCUUGCAGCUCUACUACAAGCGCCGAAAAACGUUGCUCAUUUUGCCUUAUCCCGCUGGACCAAAUCUUUCUAACGUUGCUCCAAUGGAACCUCCAACAUUUGCCUUUCUUCCACAUACCAAGCAUUAUGAUGUUACAUAUGAUCGCCGAUAUCCAAUGAAUGCGAUGUCGCAAGGCCAGCCAAUGCAUAAUCGGCAACCAGUACCUAGCCCGCAGAUGAUGUCGCCUGCUUUUCAACAACCUCAACCUCCGAACAAGGGUAAAGCUCCUCCCGCCAAAAAAUCUCGGAAUGAUUCAACCGACGGAGGGUUUCCGGGAAUGUCGACGAACAACGGAAUGAUGAUGGCUCCAGGAUGUCUGCCGCGGCCAAUGCAAUUGCCCCCUGAUAUGUCUCAUUACGGUGGUGUUCCGACGUCAAUGGGCAUGAACCCGGGCAUGCAGUGCUACCCUGGGGCUUCCCCGAACGGCGUACCGACGAGUUCCACGUCAUCGGGAGCGAACACACCGAUGAGCAUGCCCAAUGGGAUGUUUUCCAUGGGCGGUGUACCUCACAGUGCAUCGUCUAUGAACGUGAGCAUGCAGCAGCAUGUCAACGACAGCAGAUCACAACAAGUACCGGUUUCCACAGGCUUCCCCAACAUUUCCAAUGGGCAGCUCCCUUCAGGGGAGCAACAGCCACUUAGCAGUCCCCGAAAUCAAAUGACCCAGAACCCUUAUCAGCAAUCAGGAAACCAGUUCGACAUAUCUCCCCAAUGUCCCAAAUGCUUGUGUCUUGUAUCGCCAACAAAUCGAUCUGUACAAUGUAACGGUCCAUGUAUGCGCUUAUUUCAUCAGAAUUGCACUGGUUUGCUUCCAAGAGCAUUCGCCUUGCUGGAGGAGGACCCGAGUGCAAAAGGCGGUUCUGCGCCGGAGCUCGAAGAGUCUGACGGAUUACCCGAAGUGAAGAGUCGACAUGUUGCGCUUGUUAAUAUUGGGCACUCAUUCAACCUGAAAUAA